GCGCUCGGAUGGAUGCGGCACACGGAAUGCGUUUUCAGUGUUGUCUCGGAUGCAGCGUCGUGCGGAAGCAAGUUUUCCCCGUGAGCAGUAACGGUGUGUUGUGCUAUGGCAGUUGGUGAGCACCGAACCCUGGUAGGGACCGCUGCUUGUACGUAACGCCCGAUAGCGAUCAAGCAAUUGGGAGCAAAUCAAAUUAUCGAUAGCAUCGGAAAAACGGAAAACGGAACACGGGUCUGAUCCUGUUUGCGAAGGUUGGUCUCUAUAAAAAAUGGAUAAAAUAAUGAUUUAGCGGAAAGGAACGUGAAUCAUAUCCGAUAUACGGAAUGUGUUUUUUUUUGUUGCGGCCGACAAAGUCAACGAAACAGUGCAAGCAAGCAACGAGACAUAUUUGAGUGAUCGUGCUUUUUGGUGUGUGGUUUGUGAUUAAAAGGUACAACGGUUAGGGUAAUUUGACAAAUAAUUUUAAAACAAUUAGUACGGGGUUAUAAUACAUCAAACUGCUAUCGUGAAAGUGUAAAAUAAACGCUUACCUAUUCAUGAAGUUGCAAAAAAAAAUCAGUAAAAUAUAUUAAUAUCCAAAAAAAGUUAAAAGCAUAAUUAUUUGCAUAACAGUAACCUUUCAACAAACGCGAUCGUGAUCAUCGUUAUCGUGUUAACAGUGAUCCUUAGUGGAGAUUCACAAGUGUGAGUGAUUCAAGAGCCGAUUAUUUGACAAACCAGUGAUUAUAGUUAGCGGGCAUUGGUCCAGUCGCACAAGGAUGGCCCCCUUUGAUAGUGCGGGGGCCUUCCUGAUGAUGGCCACCUUGUUGCCGGUGAAGUUGCUGCUGGUUGGCCUGUUGGCUCACGGUGUUAUAGGCAGUCCUGGUCCUUCAUCCAAUACGGGAAUGGUAGCGAAUGCGGUGUUGGAAGAUCCGGAGUUUACAGAUGUUAUAGAAAACAUAACCGUGCCAGCAGGACGGAACGUAAAAUUGGCUUGUUCGGUGAAAAAUCUGGGAUCCUACAAGGUAGCAUGGAUGCACUUCGAACAGUCGGCUAUACUGACGGUGCAUAAUCACGUCAUCACGCGAAAUCCGCGCAUCAGCGUUACCCACGACAAGCACGACAAGCACAAAACGUGGUUCCUGCACAUCACCAACGUGCAGGAGGAGGACAAGGGCCGAUACAUGUGUCAAAUAAAUACGGUGACGGCAAAAACGCAGUUCGGUUAUCUUCAUGUUGUGGUGCCUCCAAAUAUCGAUGACUCGGUUUCGUCCAGCGACGUGAUCGUGCGUGAAGGUGCCAACGUUACGUUACGCUGCAAAGCAACCGGAAGUCCACCGCCAUCAAUAAAGUGGAAGCGUGAUGACAACACCAAAAUUGCCAUCACUCGGAAUAACAGUGUAGUUCUCGAAUGGGAAGGAGAUGUACUUACGCUGUCACGUGUGUCACGGUACGAUAUGGGAGCGUACCUGUGCAUAGCAACGAAUGGUGUCCCGCCAAGCGUUUCGAAGCGUAUUAAAGUCAGUGUUGAUUUUCCACCAAUGCUCUGGAUACCUCAUCAACUGGUUGGGAUCCCGGUUGGAUACAACGUGACAUUAGAAUGUAAUAUAGAAGCCCAUCCUACCUCACUUAAUUACUGGACGCGAGAAAACGAUCAAAUGAUACACGACUCACAGAAGUACAAAACUGAAACUAUUCCUGGUAAUCCUUCAUAUAAAUCGGUGAUGCGAUUACACAUAGGGGAAGUGCAGCACAGUGACUAUGGCAUCUAUAAAUGCAUCGCCAAAAACCCUCGUGGAGAAACGGAUGGCAGCAUCAGAUUGUACUCAUCCAGCCCACCAACUACGAUACCACCAUCAACGACAGAAAGUAUCACGACCACCGUUCCAUCAACUCGUGUUUACGAAUCACCGUACGGUUUGUCUACGAUGUCGGUCAACCACUUUGACAAAGGCAUCCGCUACCAAUCGGACUACAAUCAGGUGGAUCGUUCUGAGCACAAAUCCAGCGACACGAGUCCCAACCGUGACAGGUCGGUGGAUGAAUCGAAUGAAGUGAAUGGAGCCACAAAAUCAUUCAUCCGAUGGACAACCGUUUUUGCGCUAAUGUUGCACAUAUUUCUCCCGUUAAACCAGUGACGGUGACUUUCAUCAUACAGUUCCGUUGAACGUUCUAAGCAGUGAGAAGACUUUGUUAAGAUGUUGUUUACGUUGCGCCCUGCAAAGGAGUGGAGAGGGUUUUUUUAUCAUUAUCUCAUGUAUUACGUGCAAUAUGCCAUUUAGAAGCAACACUGCAAAAUAUAUUCCAGAGCAGUUUGCAUAAGAUUGAUGCACUUUUUGUUUUAAAAUGGUCUCAAUUCGUUUCCCCUAUCCAAGUUACUCCACUAGUUAAGUUUAAAAACGAUUGGUAAAACGCAUUCGUGGUUGUGUUGUAUCCUUACACGCGUGAGUUUGUAUUCAAAUACGAGUGAGCUGUCGUAGUCAAAGUAAAACAGGAGUGCAAAAUGAGCUUUUUAAGCUCGUGCGUAGCAAACAUUUGAAUUGGUGCUACAUUAGAAAGCUUCUGGAAGGUAGAGGCAAGUGCAGUUUGAAAGAAGCAAAAAUCAACCAACCACACAAACAUAAAUACACACAAAUGCAGGCACAAAUCGUUGGAUAGUAUGUACAUUAAAUAUGCCUUAUUCUAGAAAAGGGAAUAGAGAAUAUGCAGCAGGUACUGGAGGUUUAUUCUACUGAAGCAACACAAACACACACUGGCAGCACCGAACAAUCUGUAUGUAAUGUAAAUCUGUAACAAGCAUAAGCAUUCGCAGCACAAUAUAAACUGUAACCUUUUUCUUCUGCUGUAAGUGAGUUGUUUCUUGACAGGAGUUGUUUAUUUCGUUGCCGAUACCACAUUACUGCGCUACACUUUUGUCUUGCCAUACGUUACUGCACUUUUAUUGAGUCUCAGGGGAGCCCCGCUGGGCAAAAGCAGCAAAUUUUACAGUCGUCAAAUGAAAUUGUCUUUUUAUCAUAUGAUCAAUCGCCCCAUUUCUCAACUGUUUUGUUUGGUGAGGGCUGUAGCACCCUAGGGCGGGAAGGGCGGGAAGGGUGGGAAUAAAUUCCCAUCAUUGUACAACGAUCGAAUUUAUGCGGUACGCGUGGAGCUGUACUAGCAUACCCAUUUACGGUUUUGUUUUACGAGUACCACCGGUGACUCGAGAAGCUUUGGUAGGCAAAGAGUUGAAGUUGUUUGCCUCAACUGUUACGGAAGAUGUGGCUUUUUCGUUGGUAGUAUUAUUGCAUUCUUUUGUUGAUAUUGAUGUUAACCAAGUGAGUAUUAUUAACAUAAACCACUGAUGAAAUGCAGGUAAUGAAAGCUGUUUGCUAGUAGAGGUCGGAUGAAAUUUAAACACAUCAAUUACGAUACGUGGUUUCGGGGGGAGGUUGGAUGUAGUCGUAAAUCAAUCAAAGUAAUAUUAAGCUACUCAUUACAGCAUUUCAGUUGAAACUGUAUUGAAUGCAGCAUGUAAUAAGCAAGUAGCAUACAUAAAUACAUACAUACAUUCAAAAGCCUUGUGCAGAUGAUACUGAUGAAUGAAUGUUAAUCAAAGACAAAGUGUAUUGUUGUAUAAUAUUGGAAAACAAAAUCUAAAUGCUUAUCCACUAACGUACCACGCAGGAAAAUAAAGAAGGAGGACAUGAAGGAAGCCUUGCGCAGAUUUUCAUGGAAAGCGAACACGGAAACAAAAUAGCAAAAGUGUAAAUGAAGCCGUAUCUAAGUAAAUCUUUGUCCCGCGGUACGAACAAAAGUGAAAAACAGUGAAUAUAAUUAAGCAAACUAGUUCAAAUCGUUUGAAAAUUAAAACAAUGCAUGCAAAAUCAAACAAUAAAUCAAACUUUUCCAAAGAAACAACUCAUCACCGCAGCGAGUUAACUAACCAACGAACGAAGUUAAGAACAAAACCAACACAGCAAAAGAAGAAAUUCCAAAUUCCGGUGUAUGGUUACCGAUUUACAUUGUAGGCUAAACGAUUAGUUUCUUAUUAGUACCAUUCAGAAGAGCUCCCUUCCCCUCCCGUAACUCAUAAAAUGAAAUAAAACGAAUGAAUGGCGCAGCGCACAUAUACUAAAGCGAAAGCGAAUACAAAAAUUUACUCGUAUUAACUCCGUAGGUGCAUCGUGUGUAU